AUGGGAAGGAGUUGGAGUCCAAUGCUCCAAAGAGAGAUCCAAAAUCUUGACAAAGAUCCAGAUAGUCGCAAAUCUGCAAUGAGAGCAUUGAAGUCGUAUGUGAAAGAUUUGGACAUGAAGACAAUUCCUAUCUUUCUUGCUCAAGUUUCCGAGACCAAGGAAACUGGUUCUUUGUCUGGAGAAUUCAUAAUUUCACUUUACGUUCUCGCUCGGGUUCAUGGAGUCAAGAUUGUUCCCAUGAUAGACAUUAUUAUGCAAUCCAUAAUUCAGACCUUAACUUCAAGUGUAGGCUCUUUUCCUCUUCAGCAGGCGUGCUCAAAGGUUGUUCCAGCCAUAGCAAGGUAUGCAAUUGACCCCAUAACACCAGAAGAGAAGAAGAGGCAAAUAAUUCACUCUCUUUGUAAGCCCCUUUCAGAUUCUCUCUCAAAUUUUCAAGAGAUUUUGGCAUGUGGUGCAGCCCUUUGCUUGAAGGCUCUUGUGGAUUCAGAUAAUUGGCGUUUUGCCUCAGAUGAGAAGGUUAAUAGGGUUUGCCAGAAUGUUGCUGUGGCAUUGGAGGGAAAGUCUACUCAAACCAGUUCACACAUGGGUCUUGUUAUGACCCUGGCAAAGCGUAACUAA